AUGUCUUACAUUCAAAGUUGUACUCUUUAUCAAUUUCAGAAAUGGGUAGAACGUACUGUUCUCGGCAAGUCUGUUUAUAGAACAAACUUCCCCCUGAUGAGUCUUUCUUCGUCUCAUUUAAGGACAAAACUCAUACCACACCCUACUGAUGUUUCUAUGAUGAUGGAAACUUCAGUUAAUAUUGCAUUGAAUUGCGAAAUAUUGUAA